UUCCAGUGACUUUUUUACGCAUUCCAUUUCAUUUUUCCCCUCAAUUUAAAUAGGGACAUCUGUGUUCCAGUGCAUUUUUGGUGCAUUCCAGUUUGUUCUGGUGCGUUCCAGUGCAGUUCUGUACAGAAAAAAUGCAGCAUGUUCUACUUUUUUCUCUGCAACUGGAACGCGCUGGAACUGCAAGCACUGAUGUGAACUAUGACAUUGACAACCAUAUAACCUACUUUCUGUACAUUUUGGAUGCAGAAAAAAAAGCAACUGAAACAGUGUGAACUGGCUCUUAAAUU